AAGAGAACUGUAAGCUCUGUUCCUCUGUGUAUGUCUCCUUUAAAACGAAGGUUCAGUACAGAAAAUAAAAGUCUUCAUCUAUUCUCUCACCCUCCCCUUCUCGUUGUAUGGACAAAAAGGGGGAGGUCUACACACACGGCAGCCUCCACUGCUGAUGUCAGACUCCAGUCAUGUCGACCCUCCUGAGCACCAUCAGCACCGUCAGCACCGUCAGCGUCACGGCUUUUCUACAGAGACAGGAGAGCUGGGGCUGCUGGGAGGAGGAGAGGGGCUGAGAGAUGAUGUGGGCAUUUCCGGGAUCAGCUGGUCGGCCAAUCGGCUGCCAGAGGACAUGUACCCAGCGUCAGGAUUGGCCCUGGCUGCUGCCUAUCAUGACAUCAAGACCAGGCUGGCCAGUCUGGAGAGGGAGAACAGCAGCAUCAAGAGGAAGCUCAAACACUACGAGGUCAAGUUUCCUAUGAUCAGUGAAUUUGGAGAGGAGAGGAUACUGUGCUGUUCCUGUAAGCCCAUCAUCACGGAUACCAGUGUAAUCCAAUCAGAGACCACCAACCUACAGCAGAGGAUCAACUCUCUCACUCAGGAGCUCCAGAAGAGUAAGGAGAGAGAGGAGAGGUUGGAGGAAGUCAUCCAGGCUUACGAGAAGAUUCACUUAGAGAAAAGCAAUGUCCAGAGAGACCUAGACAAGAUGACGACUCUAGCUGAGCAGCAUGUGGAGCAGAUCUGCAGUCUGGAGUCAGCUCUCAGACAGAGAGAAACUUCCCUGCAGACACUCAGCGCUCAACUCCGUAGCAAAGACGCCCAUCAGUCUCAGCUCCACGCCAGCCUGGAUGUACCCAGAGAGGGCCGCGGGCUGACGUUGCAGAGCUCGCGCAGUUUGGACGCCCUGUCAGACCUGAAGCUGCAGCGACUGGAGGCCGAGCUGGAGGGGGCACGGCACCAGGCCGAGGGAGCCUGUCAGAGGGAGAAGGAGCUGAGGGCCGAGCUUCAGAGGCUGCAGCAGGAGGUAACCCAGCUACAGGAGACACAGAGACGGUCACAGGAGUUGUCCCAACACUGUGAGCACUGUGACGUAGAAUGGAUAAAGAAAGCUGGGGAUGAACAGGUGAACCUAGCGCUAGCCUACACUGAGCUAACCGAGGAAUUGGGAUGUGUUCGCAGUCUGGCUGUGAAACAGAGUGACCUUCUGCAACAUUUCUCACAGGAUGCUGGUUCUCGUCCUCCUCCUGCUCCUCAGCUUCUCUCCCCCACCUCUCCUCAGCGCCCCUCACUCACCCCUGAGAGGAUCCUCCCCACCCCCUCUCCUCCUCUGUCCCCAAGCGACGGCCCCGCCUCCUACUCCCAUCAGCCAACCAGCAGCCGUCUACGAGCAAAGUUCCAGGGUCGCCGCAGUUACUCGGAGGUAUCUGACCCCUCAGCCAUUCAGAGAACCCCAGCUCGCCUGAUGAGGGACCCAGUAUCCACCCUCCCCAAGCCCAGGCCCCUCCUGGGGGAGAUGCAUGGUUAUGGCCAAACCAAACCUCAGCUCCGUACCUCCUUGGUGGGCCUGGUCAGACCAGCCUCGGCUCAUGGAGCUGAAGGGGAGAGAGGAGGAGGAGGGGGAGGAGAGAGAGGUGGGGACAGGAGCCUGAGCAGCAGUCCUCAUCACCAUGCUCUGGACCUGGGCUUCCCUCUGGCUGCUGAGGUACAUCACUUCUGUCACCUUGACAACUCGCCUGAGCCCACCCCACUGGUGACACCACCACAGUCCUCUGAUGAUGAAGAGGAUGUAUGUACAUACCUAUCGCCGGCUGCCAGCCCGCCUCGGACGCUUGGCGCAAUUGGGAUAGGCUCGUCGUCGCCUAGGAAACAGCCCCUACACCCCUCGUUCCCGUCUCCGAGGAAACAGCCCAAUAAUCCCUCCUUAUCAGCCCCUGAGGGCCCUGCCACCCUCUCCUGCCGUCUGCCUCCCUACAUGAACACUGAGCAUGCUCAGUCAUGGCCCUCCAUUAACUUAUGGAUGGAGUCAGAAGAGAGUGCUGUCCGUAGCUGUCCUCUGUGUCAGCUGACCUUCCCAACUGGUUACCCCGAUGACGCCCUCAUCAAACACAUCGACUCCCACUUGGAGAACAGCAAGAUCUGACUUUUUAUCAAGCGUUUUACACCCAUUUUCACCUAAGAUGGUCCACGUCCAUCUUGAUUGUUUUCUAUUUAGGUUCUAUUCAGGAAUGCUUUGAUGAUCCCAUAUUCUUCUUUCUAUGGAACUUGCCAGUAUAACCACAGUCUUCUGGUACAGGGGCUACAUGCCUUGCUCAAGGGGCACUUCCCUCUGCCCUUCCAUCCAGAUUGUGGAAUCUAACCAGCGACCUUCCAGUCACAGAACAAGUUUGUUUUUCUACCCUCCAGGCCCAAGUGUUCAUCAUUUCAUUUCCAGGUUGUACAUUGCUUCCUUUUCGUUCACGAAGGACAUGAGUACAUUACCUAACAUCUCUCACAAAGCCGCCUGGUGACAGAAGACUGCUUGAAACAUCCGACACAUGCAAUGUCCGAAGUGUCUGUUUCAUGUCCAACAUGUAUCACACCACCUGGCUGUCACUGCUCUCAUGUCGGUUUGUGGAGGAUCAAAAUUACUAUUUUCAAAAGAUUUCUGGACGUGCAAUGACCUGAGGUUAAAAAUUGUCUGCAGAAGUAAUUCAGUUAGUAACGUACUCUUGUUUGGAUGUGAUGACAAAAUGAACACUGUUUAGUCUAGAAGACUAAUAGCCGGUCUCCAAAUAUAUCUCACAGGCUAUAGAACAAUUCAUGAUUAAAGGAUAGUUUAAAGGAUGCAGCAAACAAGUAAUAUUAAUAACAAUAAUGGCAGUGAAAGGGGCCAAUCUACUGGCUAGUCCAAAACAAACUACAUGUAAACUCAAGAGUGUGAAAUGCUCCUAAGGUAAAAAUGUAAUUCAAUGAAAAAAUAAGAACUACAGCACCUACUGCCAUCUCCUGGUGUGGUAAUGAGAGUGCCUUGGUUAAACCACAACCUUUAUUUUGAAAAGCAGAUAUCUGUGGAAGCCUAUUUCCGCUAGAUGUGAUGCUUUUCCUUUGGCCUGCAUGGGAAGUCAGAUCAUAUCUGUGUAUUCUUGUGCACUGCAUUCAGUACAUUAAUGAGAUUGCAUGCUGGCAUACUUUUUUUAAAUUCGUAUUAUUUUGGGUAGGUGAACUUCCAGCGCUCCCCGACACUGGCCUACUUUUCACUUAAAGUUUUCUGCAACAUAGUUUGUGGAAUUACAUGAGUAUGCGUUGUCCCAAACUGAAAAUGUGGACACGACACAUGAUUUUUACUGGUGUACAUAGUAACAUGUAUGUACAAUAUUACACUAAUUGAACUGCUAUAUUGUACAUACAUUACAAAUUUACUAGGUUAGGGCUAUAACAUUAGGAAUCAUUUCAAUUCAAUUGAAUUUUAUUUAUAUAGCGCCAAUUCAUAACAGAAGUUGCCUCAUUGCGCUUUUCCUAUAGAGCAGGUCUAGACUGUACUCUUUAUAAUAUUAUUUAUUAAUUAUUAAUUUCAGGAUACUCUUUAUUGAUGUGUUUCUCCAAAAUGUUUGAAUCUUUGUCACUUUAACCUCUCUGGAAACCCUCUUGGAAAGUGAAGAAGGUGCAAGGCUUGUCUUUUGUCUUUGUUUCUUUGUGUUUGGUAAUGUCUGAGAGGUGGGUGCUUUGGGUGGUAUGGAGCUGCCUCUCUCUUGAACUAAGGCUCCGUUGACACUGCAGCUGACACUAUAUAAGCUCCGUUUUUCUGCCAUGUGAUUUAGAAUCAGUCUUAAAAAAAAACAAGGGUUUAAUUCAACUUGGGUUUAAUUUUUGCAGUUUCUGCCAUCUAAUAACAUUAUAAUUGCUAAGAUCUCAGAACUCGACUUUGCUAAAGAUAGGUCCAACGGGGCAACAAACACGAGCAGUCAGGCGAUCAGACAGGUUGGAAACAAGCGAACAGUUUAGAUUAUCUAAACAAGACUAAGUCUACAGCCAUGCUAGUGACUAUGUGUGGCUGUACAUAAGCACAGCAGUGCUUUGAGCUGAUGUUUAGCAGGUAUAAUGUUCACCAUGUUCACCAUCUUAGUUUAGUGCGUUAGCAUGCUAUCAUUAGCUAAUUAGCAGUAAACACAAAGUACAGCUGAGGCUGAUGGGAAUGUUAUUAGAUUUUCAGGUAUAGGAUCAUAAACCAAAGUAUUGGGCAAAUGAAAGUGUCGACCUGAUGGUGGCGCAAGAUGAAAACUGUUCAUCCUAAGGGGAGCAUGAAUAUCUGAACCAAAUAGUUGAGAUUUCAGUCUGGAACAAAGUGGUGGAUCGACAGACUGACAGUUCCAUCCAUAAAAAGUGGGCACACCUAAAAUGUUGCUAUUAAUCCUUCAUUACACAGAAAACAGAACACAACCACAGUAAGUAUGGUCAGUCAAAUCUGAACAAGGAUUCAGGCUGUAAACUGUGAUUUUUGUUUACAACAGACACAUCUAGUAAAAUUCUAAUAUUUUCACCGUUUGCCUUUGUUUUCUCUUCCAUUUAAGUUUGGCUAACCCAUGGAGAGGUUUUCAACCUGAUCGUCGGACUGCUGGUGUGACCUAAAUGUGGAAUUUCACAAAUUCGGGAAAGAUUACAUCCAGAUGUCAAUUUUUUACAUGGAAUUGAAUGUACUUCAUUUCUGGAUUCUGUAAGCAACAUGGGACUUGUAUUUGAACGCAAUAUUUCUUGUGUUAUAAUGACAAAUAGACUAAAUCCUAAACAAAGAAUUAUCUGUUCCUCGCAUCACAGUCCUACUGAUGGUUUAAAAGUAUUCCACUGGCCAACAAAGGCAAGAAAGGAAGAGCUAGCAAGCAAACAUAGAUGUUAAUGUUUUAUGAGGAAGGACAUGUAUUUAGCCUGUUUGUUAGGCCUCUAGGAUUCACACUACGCAUUGUGGUGAGAAACAGUACAUGAAAAGUUUAAGUCCUUAAGAUUUCAGUUCUGGUUGAUUUGUUGACACCCGUGGUUACUGGUGGUAACAGGAAAUGCAGUUUAAUACUACAGCAAACACUCGUUCAGUAGUAACUUUGUCUGGUGUAUCUGUUUACAGUGCAGCCAAACAAACUCAGGUUGUUUUAAUAAGGAAGUCAGUCAGUAAUCCACAACAGCCGGACUCGGUAAAAGGAGUUGGUAGCUGCUCCUGCAGCUCCUCAUCUAACAGCUCACUGUGACUCCACCACUAACAAUGGAAACUAAUGUUAGAGGGAUAAUUACUGAAUGUAAAUACAUUGAAUGGCUAUUGUUGAAAAAAUGCAGACCAUUAAUAGUAUCAAAUAUAGGGUUUUAUUUCAUGAAAGUCUAAAAGAUUAUAAAUUCAACUGUAUUAUAUUACAUGAAAACUCCACAGGAUACCUUUAAUUUGUCACUAGGUUACAACCUAAUAUAGAUGUAAAAGUCAUUUAAAACUCUGAUCUCAUAUUUGAGAAGAAAUUUAGAGGCAUUCAAGAAAGCCUGCAGUGUGGAUGGAGCCUAAAGCCAGACCUUCACCCAGGUAGAGGUCUGCCAAUGCAGACAGAACAUAAUGUGUGGAGCAGGGGCAGUCUUGCAUUUACCAAACUAAAAUGUUUGGAAAGUAAAGAAGCACACCAGAAACAGAAAUGUGUAAAAUCAGAAGAACUCUCUCAGUUUCUUCGCAAAUGAAUAUUUGAGCUUAACGGCUGAAACUUGCACUGGUUUAUAGAUGCCAUCAGACUUGUAGGUUUAUUUUUAAUUUUUCAGGUGUUAGAAGGGGAAACUGCCAUGUCGCCCUGUGCUGGUGGUGCUGGUUACAUUCAAAGCCCCAGAGGAGAUUGCAGUGAAUUAAACACAAGAAGAAUUACUUCAUUGUAUGACAACUAUUUUACUUUUUACAAUAUUUUUUGCAGUUAACUUUAUUGUAGAUUGUGAUUGAUUUGCUCUGACAAACUAAUUAUGCACUUGAUUCUUUUAGCUUUGUUAAAUGAGGCUUUGAAAGCAGCCAGCAAGGGAAGCUCUUUGUCCACUCACUGUCAUGAAUACCUCACUGUUACUUCACUGUUUACAACAUCAGCAAGAGAGAACAGGGAAUGCUUUUAAUAAUAAAUCAUAUGUUAGAACUGUGGACAGGGAUUUGUGCUGUAGGUCUAAAUUAUCUGGAAUAAGAAAAAAUAAAUAAAAGGGUAAAGUGAAAUCAAA